CCCUAACAGCCUGCAGUGGGCGGUGACGCUCAGCCGCCGGGACCCCGGCUCCCGCACCCAGCGGCAUGAAUCUCAGCAGCACGAGCAGCGCGGCCGAGAAGGCGCCCAGGGCCACGCUCUGGGGCUGUGAGCUAAACCAGGAGAAACGGACUUGGACGGUCAAAGCCCAGAAGGAGGGGAGGCAGGACUGUAAGCUGUUGCUCAGUACGGUUUGCUUGGGGGAGAAAGCCAGAGAAGAGAUGAACCUCGUGGAAAUCCUACCCCCAGCCAGCCAGGAAGACAAGAAGACCAAGCCCAUCACCAUUGCCUCGCUUCAGGCCUCUGUGCUACCCAUGGUCGUUCUGAUGGGACUGGAGCUUUCUCCUCCAGUCACUUUCCAGCUCCGGGCUGGCUCUGGACCUGUGUUCCUCAGUGGCCAGGAACUUUACGACGCUGCAGACCCGUCCUGGGAGGAAGAGGAGGAGGCGCUGGACGAGGAGGAGGAGGAGGAGGAAGGUGACAGCGGCGAGGUUGACGACGACGACGAGGACGACGACGACGUAGAUGUGUCCCUGGAGGAGGAGACCCCUCUUAAACAAGUCAAGAGGCUGGCGCCCCAGAAGCAGACCAGCGUUGCCAAGAAAAAGAAGGUGGAGAAGGCAGAGGAGGCCGUGAGACCCAGGCUUAAAGACAAGAGUCCUGUGAAAAAGGCCAAACCCACACUCAAACCCAAAAAGCCGGGAUUCAAGAAAUGAGGAGCCAGGAGUGGCCUGGCUGCAGGGACCAAGGGAGAGCCAGCUAGAGCACAUGCAGGG